CCGAUUGCACAGUAGACUAGACUAGACUAGACUGAAGCUAAACUAAGCUGCCAUCGCAAGGCAUACUCAAUCAGGUUAGGGGCACGUGGCGCGGGGUUUCUGCGCCUCAGGCAUCCGGGCAGCGGGCAGCGGGCAGCGCAGCCUCAUCGUCUCAUCGCCUCAAGCUUCCUUUCAUUCUCGAUCUGCCUGUCCAUCGGAGAAUUCGUGUUCCAUGUUCGAUAGAUAGAGCGAGCUGUACCUAGCUCGAAAUCUCUCGAGAACCCAAUUCAAGUACCUUCUAUACAAAAGAAGUCGGGCUCCAGCAGGCUCUCCCCCCCCCCCUGAGCCUCGCACUGGUUACCCGAUUCAGCUGCAAGUCUACCUCCCCGCUUCGCUUCUCUGAUCAGAUCCGCGGACUAUAUACUUCUCCCGCCUUUUAAUCACACCCCGCUCGCCUAUUAUGGUCUUCUGCGGCAAGCCAAGCAAAGGUUGCGGCGAGUGCCGGACUCGCAAGAUCCGGUGCGACCAAGGCCGUCCAACCUGUUCACAAUGCGCCAAGGGGAACCGGAGCUGCCCCGGAUACCGCGACCAACUAUCCUUAAUGUUUCGGGACGAGAGUCAGCAGGUCAUCCGCAAGGCACGGUCUGGCACAACGGCGCGCAAAGCCAAGGCUUCUAGAAAACCAAGCCCGGAGAGUGGAAUGAUCACCCUCGGUGACAGUCGCACUACCACCGCUAGUAGUAGUCCGGCCCCAGCGUCAUCGUCAGCCAGUGAGAUUCUGCUGGGCUUUGAUGAGCUUGUUUCCCUGUCCCCACAAUAUCUGGAGAGUGAUCUGGUUCGCUUCGAUGAUGUCGUGUAUUUGUCCCCGCAAGGGCUGGAGCAGCAGAUCAUUCGACACUCCCUAGUCCUGCAGCCAUCAUACCAACCCACUCAAGACGAUGCCAUUUGCUUCUUCCUGCGGCAAAAUACUUGGAUUGGGCCUCUCUGGUCGGAGAAAGAGGCCACACCUACAUCAUCGCCCAGUCACAAGGCCAUGAUGGCUAGCUUGGCAUCCGUUGGGACGGCAAUGCUCUCCCGCGCGAGGAAGUCUACCGCGAUGAAAGUCGCCGCAGAGAAGGAGUAUGGACGUGCGCUGCAGCUCCUCACCUCGGCUGUUUCGGAUAAGCAGCAGGCAAAGUAUAACGCCACGCUUGCGGCCGUGCUUAUGCUGGCUAUCUUUGAAGUGGUUACUAGUAGGGGGGCGCGAGCUAUCGACAACUGGACGAAUCAUAUCGACGGGGCUGCAGCUUUGCUCGAGCUGCGAGGUGUAGAGCAACUUCAGGAAGAACAGGGGCUGCAGCUUUUCUUGAAGCUGAGAUAUCAAAUUCUUGCAAAGAUUAUCAGCUGUCUGCAAAAAGAAGCCAGGGUCCCCGAGUCUGUUCUGCACUGCGCCAAGGUUGCCAUGUUUCUACGACCGCAGUCCAUGGCCUAUGGCGACCGCCUAAUCACAACCAUGGGCCGACUAUCCAACCUGCGAGCUGAUAUCAACGAAAAGAUCUUGACGGAUCGGAAGAAGAUGCUUGAGGAAGCCUACAGUAUUGAGGCCGAGCUUAUGUCAUGGCUGACGUCCCAACCAGAGAACUUUGCAUACACCACUGUCGAAGGCCCCUGUCCUCAAUUCAGCUGGGGUCCUCGGCCGUACAAUAAUCGGUAUCACAUCUAUAGUGACUUCUGGGCCUGCAGCUCGUGGAAUCAUUACCGGGUCGCCCGGAUCAUCGUUAGCGACCUCAUCCUGACAUGUAUCCGAGAAUUAAACGCCGGAUCGCCACUGUCCACCGAUCUUGCCAGUCAUGCCGCGCAGAUCCGCAACACAGCCCGACAACUCGCCAGCGACAUCUGCGCCAGUGUGCCCUAUCAUCUCAGCGAUAAUGCCCUUGUAACGGCGACCGAACUUUCUGACACAGCCGCCUUGGAUGAGAUACCUGUUCAUCAGGGAUUUAUUCGCGGCAUGGUACUCCUCUGGCCGCUGGCUAUGGCGGGGAUCACCCGAGGGAAGGGCCACCCCUUACGCAAAUGGGUGCUUGACUGCUUCAACCUUAUCGGAAAUAGAAUGGGCAUUGAUCAGGCUCUAGCCUUGAUCGAGAUCCUGAAGAGCAACGGUCAAUUCGACGCACUGGUCUUGCCAGAGGACAGUGUCACUGUAAGCGAUGAUAAUCAAUAUAUCACGGGAGUGCCGCAGCUGGCCUGUGCCCCUGCUCAAAAUACAUAUUCAACUCAAGUGGCGUGACGCUGCGAACAUCCGAUGACGAUAGAACAUUCAGUGGCAGGCCACGUGGAACAGUCAAUGUAUCACUCAGCAUACAAAAUCUGGACAAUUUACUGAGGAAGGAUGUACAUGACAAAAUUAUUACCUCACAGUAUCUCAUAAUCAUCGAUUGCCAAUCCCUUUCAUUCUAGAUCCCCUGUCACCCAUCUAUCCAUCCAUUCAUUGAUCCAGACCCAACGAGGCUGUGCCGUGCGCCCACCCACCCCGCAGUCUAAGCCUACCUGUCAUACGGAACCACCCACCCUUUCACAAGGCAGUGCACUGUACCCUGCACCGUGGACAGUAACACACGGCACUUGUCUCCAUGCCCUAGCCUUAGGAAUAAUAAAUCAGCGG